GCUUUUAUUGCCAAAGUUCUGAAAUUUAAAAAAAAAUUGUUUUUUUUUUCUGGUGGGCCACGAUAGAAAAAACUUGGAGGCUGGAACUGGGCAAGCACGUUUUGGACCGCGAUGGUUUGACGUGGAAAUUCCCCCACUCCCUUCCCCCUUUUCAGUUUGACGAGUUGCCGUGUGUAUCUGUGUUGUUACACGUUUAUUGGCCCUUCGGCUACACUUAACCAUGCAUGGAGCCCAUUACCAUUCUGCUUAUUUACUCCUUUUUAUGUACGGGGGAGGUCUCCUAUUGACCACUGGUUGGCUGGGCGCAAGCUUCGGUGAGAGGUCCGGGAGGGUCUGUAGAAUCGCCUCGUGACGUACUCCUUAGAAUCCACGCAUCUCUUUGUGUUUGUUCGAAGAGCACACGCACCUAUUUGCCCGCUGUGCUGUGCUGUGCGUGCCGCCAGCUGUUAGGUCCGCGCCGCCUACACCGUCAGGCUGCCCGGGUUAAUCGGCCCAUUAGCCUGUGGGCCGUUGUCUCUCUCGCACACGUGUAGAACGCCCGGGAGUGGGAAAGAGAGACAUUAACAACUGCUAUGUUCAGACCUCGCCUGCUGUAGGGCCUGUGGGGCCACGCGAUGCCCCCGUCCUAGUAAUGGGUAAUUGGGCCUUAAGUCACCCCGCUGUGUCUCUCUCACACUCGAGUGCCGUUGUGGUGCGAGAAGGACGGCGCGACGAACGCAGCGUUUGGCAUCGGCCCACGGCGCGUCAAAUAUUCAGUCGGCGUGUGUGUCUCGCACACGCCGCUCACGCGCCGGGAAGGUCACAGGCCACAGCGUUCGCAGCGGGCGGACGUUUUGACAACAAACCGAAAUCGCCGGGACCACGGAUGCGUGCACACUCAGCCGCCGACGCCGAGGCAAGAAGGCUCCUGCGGUCGGCAGGAUGCCCCGGGAGGCACGCCCCGUCAGGCUCAGCGACUACCUGGAGAGGCGCCGCACAGAGAUGUGCCCCGCCAAGGGCGCCGGCCUGUACCGCCGCGUCUGGAACACCCUGCAGGGCACCAAGGUGUCGGUGAUGAUCUCGGCGGUGACGGCGUCCCUGGCCGUCGGCGACUGCCUGACCAAGGACUCGUACCUGGACGCCAGCCUGGGCAUCCGCAUCACGGUGGGCGUCGUGUCGUGCACCACGGCGCAGUACCUGUACGCGUGGCGCCGCGCCGCGUUCGGCAGCACACUGCGAGGCAUGGCGGCCGUGGCCAGGGCCCUGGAGGGCACGGCGGACGUUGUUCAGAUGGUGAAACGACGGCCCCUAUUCGAAAGUUCUUUUCUGGGCGCUCCUAGUGAAAGAAUCUUAUCUGCAACGCACGCGAAGUUUGACCAUAUGGGACGGAGGAGGCUACCUGAAAUGAUGAAACUUGGUGAAAUUCGCUUGCUUUGCAGAUAAGAUUCUCUGAAUAGGAGCGCCCAGAUAAGAUCUUUUGAAUAGGACCCCUCGAAAAGUCGUAUGGCGCUUAUUUAAAUAUCAUUUUCUAAAUAUCUAGUUUUCCUGAAAAACCAACAAGACCAAAACAAAUUUGAAGAAAAAUAAAAAUGGCCUGCGGUAGAUUUUAGAGCCUCUUGUUGACUGAUAUUUUCAAAUUUGCCAAAGCUAUCUUUUCCUAUGAAUAAAAUGGAUAUAAUUGCCAGAAUCUGAAAACUGGGUAGCUAAUCCUUUGUCGUGAGAAUUUAGGAGAAACGACUAAAAGUUUACGUAAAUCUCAAUAACUCAGAAACUUAAAGUAGGUGGUGCCCCCAACUUUGUAAUUAAAUUCAUCUAAUAGUGGUUCAAUUUUGGAGAUAGAUAUUUCUAAGACACGCUAGCUUUACUUUAUAGUAUCCGUAAAUGAAAUAACGACACUGAAAUUCAAUGGGUGAGACAUCUGACCGAUUAUCCAAGUUGCGAUACUUUCAACACAAAAACGUGCGAUGAUAUCCAAAAUGUGAUUCCCACGAAUCAUUGCUCCUGAGAUGCAAUGACUUCUGUAUCGCACAAAAUUCUGCAAUGAUCAUUGCAACUUUCUGCAAUAAAGAUCGGGAUUAUUGCAAAAAAAUGCGAUGAUGACAACACAAAAUCUGUGCUGUAGUCGCUACGUGUGUUGGAGAGUAGGGCCAACGAACAAGUAAGUGAGUAUGGGGCGAUUUGUAACAGAUUUUGGAAUUCUCUAUACAAAAUUA